UAGAGCUGGAGGACAGAGACCACCGCGCGCCGGGGCCGGGAAAGAGCGCGCGGGCUCUGAGCUGCUCCCGCAAGUGCAGGUCCUGGGAUCAGAGGCAGGAACCUGGCGCCCCUUGCCCAUCGCUUGGGUCUGCGGGGCCGCGCGCGGGAACAGGCGACGAAGCAGAUAGCUUCUUUCUGAAUAAGAUGCCAUCGCCUACCUCCAGAUCUGAGAUGGUGUGCUGACUCUCCCUGAAUUCGUGGGCAUGGUGCUAGGUUCGCUGGCCUUGUGAAAGUGGAAAGCUUGACCCCCUCACUUCAUAGUGCUUGGACUCCUAAGAUUCCCACACACCACUCUACCUACAAGAUUCACCAUGGCAGCCCAGGAAGGAAACACUAGCUUUAUACCUAACUUCAGUCUCCCCCAAGACCACACCUCCUCCCCUUCUUUCAACUUCAGUUAUGGCGAUUAUGACCUCCCCCUGUAUGAGGAUGAGGAUAUGACCAAGGACAUGACUUUCUUCACAGCCAAGAUCGUCAUUGGUGUGGCACUGGCAGGCAUCAUGCUGGUGUGUGGUGUUGGUAAUUUUAUGUUUAUUGUUGCCCUCGCCCGCUGUAAGAAGCUCCGCAACCUCACCAACAUGCUCAUCGCUAACCUGGCCAUCUCUGACUUCCUGGUGGCCACUGUCUGCUGCCCCUUUGAGAUGGAUUACUAUGUGGUACGCCAACUCUCCUGGAAGCAUGGCCACAUGCUGUGUGCCUCUGUCAACUACCUUCGCACGGUCUCACUCUAUGUCUCCACCAAUGCUUUGCUGGCCAUCGCCAUUGACAGGUAUCUCGCUAUUGUUCACCCCUUGAAACCACGGAUGAAUUAUCACACGGCCUCCAUCAUCAUCGCCUUGGUCUGGAUCAUGUCCAUUCUCAUCGCCAUCCCAUCUGCCUACUUCACCAGAGAAACGGUCCUGCUUAUUGCCAAAAGCCAAGAAAAGAUCUUCUGCGGUCAGGUCUGGUCAGUGGACCAGCACCUCUACUAUAAAUCCUACUUCCUUUUCAUCUUUGGAGUGGAGUUCGUGUGCCCAGUGGUCACCAUGGCCGUGUGCUAUGCCAGGAUCUCUAAGGAGCUCUGGUUCAAGGAGGUCCCUGGAUUCCAGACGGAGCAGAUCCGGAAGCGGCUGCGCUGCCGCCGCAAGACAGUGGUGGUGCUGGUGUGCAUCCUGACCGCCUAUGUGUUGUGCUGGGCGCCCUUCUACAGCUUCACCAUCAUUCGAGACUUCUUCCCCAUGGUGUUUGUGAAGGAGAAGCACUACCUCACUGCUUUCUAUGUGGUCGAGUGCAUCGCCAUGAGCAACAGCAUAAUCAACACUGUGUGCUUCGUGACCGUCAAGAACAACACCAUGAAGUAUUUCAAAAAGAUGAUGCUGCUGCACUGGCGUCCCUCCCACCAUAGGGCCAAGUCCAGCACCGAACUUGACCUCAAGACCAGUGACAUGCCAGUCACAGAAGAAGUGGACUGUAUCAGGUUGAAGUGACCCAUUGGUACUGCACAAGUGAAAACCCAGAAUCCAGAACUCAGAACAGAAUUUACCCAGAACCAGGUUCACAGGCUGCAUGGGAAAAUAACCAUGUUCAUGCCUCGCUACCUUUAAGGAGCUAGAUACUUCCAGGUCAGAUCAGGCAAUGAGAAGAGGCACACACCAGAGCAGAUACCAUUUACUGAUGUCUGCUCAACAUCAACUGUGUGCACAGCAACACCAAUGAGAUUAGAAACAAGUAACAACAACUGACAGUGACCGAACACCUACUCUGUACAAACCACACAAGUGAGGUUAGGCAAGGGCAUUAGGUGCUGAUAUUUACUGAUUACCUUGGGGGGAGGCACGGAAUAUUUAAAUAACUAAACAAAAUAACAGAAGCUAUUGGAGGCACUAAGUCAUACCCAGGUACAUGACUAAACAGAGACUAGAUUCAGUCUCUAACUUCCCUCACUCUCAUCAGUGAAGAAAUGUCAGAAGGUCAUGGAACAAAGACAAGCUGAAAAUGAAAGGAUAGAUUUGUCAGGGUGGGGUUACAGCCUCAUGAGAAAGGAGUUUUUACCAUUGUAGUACAUUUCCCAUUCAACUCCUACUACCUCCCUAGGACAUUCUCUGGGACUCUGACUACUAUAAAAUAACUUUUCUCAUAGCCUGGUAACCGGUUAACUACAAUGAUGUAAUUUCAGAAGAAAAUGUAAAAGCAAUCUUUUUCCACUGGUGCGUGAAUGCUUAUUAUUCUUUGGGGGUAAAUAGAGGCAAUCAUAAAAAAGAAAACAUACAAAUUCAGACACCCUAGUGCCAAGUAUUUCAGAGGCUCUCGUGUCAGAAAAGGGACAGAGAAAGAUUGAGGCGGUCACUGGCAGUGGGCAUGAUAUGUAUGGUCAAUUCAUUAAGGCCAGGACCCCUUUUCAAGGACAGUCUCUCUUUUACAAAACGAAUUCUACUUGGAAUCCAAAGACCUGAAUUCAAGUCUUAACUCUAAGACUUGUGUAACCUAGAUGUUUUCUCUCUCAGCAUCCCAAUUGUACCUCAGUUGGACUAGGAAUGGUGAAAGAAUCGUCUCUGCCUAAUUUACAGGACUAUUAGGAGAGUCCACUGAGGUCAUAUCAAGUGGUAAUGAACUUGCUUGGACAAGGAAAUUUUCAUCCAUUGUGGCUUAUUACAGAGCAACACUCCCAAGUUUUCAUCUUUAUGCUUUGAAGCAGAGAUCCUGAGAACUCUUCAACAGUGCAGCUCAUCUACACUGGGGCAAAAAGGAUUCCCUGUCCUGGGUCAUUGUCAAAAUGAUUCAAUUCAGAGUCUCAGUGAUCCUGACUCUCAGCGUCACCAGAGGCUUUGAGGUGUUGAAGAUCUCCUCUGUGUGUUGCCUAACAGCACAGCCAGGGUUACAUAAACUGUUCGUAUUUGUGUGAUCGUGUGUAGUUCUCCUCAUUUAUCCUGGCUGAUUAUAAAUCAGAGUAUACAAUGACCUGGGAUUAAUUCAAAUGGCCACAUUUGAACAACCCCUACCUUUUUAUGUAGAGGGGAUUGUUUGCUUAUGUGCAUGUGUGUAUUUUAAAUGUGUUGGUUUGUUUAUCCAACAGUGAUACUUCAACCAACAUCUCUUUCCACUAUACAGCAGACUCAGCUCAACCAUUGUACCCUUAGAAAUUGAAAAUGCCAGGAGUUGGGCAGUAGCGCAGGGGUUAAGUGCACGUGGCACAAAGUGCAAGGACUGUUGCAAAGAUCCGGUUCGACCCCGGCUCCCCACCUGCAGGAGAGUCGCUUCAUAGGCGGUGAAGCAGGUCUGCAGAUGUCUUUCUCUCCCCUCUCUGCCUUCCCCUCCUCUCUCCAUUUCUCUUUGUCCUAUCCAACAAUGACGACAUCAAUAACAACAAUAAUAAUAACUACAAUAAAACAACAGGGCAACAAAAGGGAAAAUAAAAAGAAAUUGAAAAUGCCUAGGAGGUAGUGCAGUUGCUAGAAUGAUGGACCUAAAAACAUUAGCUCCUGAGUGUGACGCCAAGCAUCAGAUAUAUCAGAGUGAUGCUCUAGUUCUCAUUCUCAUUCUCUUUCUCUCUGUCUCUCUCUCUGAAUAGGAAAAAAGUAAAUUCAGGUUUACUUCACUAUUACAUAGGUCAAAUAACUUAUAAAUUUUUAUUCUUGUAUAAUUAUACAGUCCAUUGAAAACCAAGAAAAUAAGUGUUGACAAUAUUCUGCACUUUCUCAAAUAUUAUAGUAAAAUAUUAUACUUUUAUUUAUUAUCCCCAUCCUGACUCUUCUAAUGAGAGUCCAUUUUUUCUCCUCCUCCUCCUCCUGUUCCUCCUCCUUCUCCACCACUUCCUCAUCCUUUCUUUUUGGUAGCACCAGGAAUUUUUUUUUUUUUUUUUUUGCCUCCAGGGUUAUUGCUGGGGCUUGGUGCCUGCACUACGAAUCCACUGCUCCUGGAGGCUAUUUUUUAUCUUUUGUUGCCCUUGUUGUUUAUUGAUGUUAAUGUU